AUGACUGCAUUACGCUUUGCUGCUGAGAAGGGUCACCUUGAUAUCACCGAAUAUCUCAUCAGCCAAGGAGCUGAGGUGAAUAUUAAGGGAUUUGAUAAGGAUUCGACUGCAUUACAAACUGCAUUACAAGGUGCUGCUUUCAGGGGUCAUAUAGAUGUCACCAAAUAUCUGAUCAGCCAAGGAGCUGAGGUAAAUGCAGGAGAUGAUGGCGGUUGGACUGCAUUACACUGUGCUGCUGACAAGGGUCAUCUUGAUAUCACCAAAUAUCUCAUCAGUGAAGGAGCUGAAGUAAAUAGAGGAAAAGAUGUCGGUAGGAUUGCAUUAAACUGUGCUGCUCGAGGGGGUAAUCUUGAUACCACCAAAUAUCUCAUCAGCCAAGGAGCUGUAGUGACGAAGGAGCUGAGCAAAGGAGCUGAGGUAAAUAGAGGAAGCGAUCGCGGUAAUACUGCAUUACACAUUGCAGCUGAGCAGGGUCAUCUUGAUAUCACCGAAUAUCUGAUCAGUGAAGGGGCUGAGGUAAAUGGAGGAGAUGAUGGCGGUGUGAUUGCAUUGCAUAUUGCUACCUGGAAGGGUCAUCUUGAUGUCACCAAAUAUCUCAUUAGCGAAGGAGGUGAGGUGAAGAAGGGAAAUAAUGGCGGUUGGACUGCAUUACAUAUUGCUGCUCAGGAUGGUCAUUUUGAUAUCACCGAAUAUCUCAUCAGUCAAGGAGCUGACGUAAAUAGUGGAAAAGAUGGUGGUGAGACUGCAUUACACAUUGCAGCUGAGCAGGGUCAUUUUGAUAUCACCGAAUAUCUCAUCAGUCAAGGAGCUGAGGUAAAUGGAGGAGAUGAUGGCGUGAAGGAGCUGAAGUGA